AUGUCAGCGACUGUUAGCUCUAAGAUUGUCCAUUUCGAUGAAAUAAUCCCGCGAGUGGUAGAUCCCGAAUGUGAAGAGAAGGACGUCGAACGCCUUAUUCCUUUGGUGUUUAAGUACACGGAUGUUGCAAGCGAGAAUAUCCCUAAAGGAUGCGACUUUCAUUUCUUUUUCUACAAUCUUCUCACGUAUCACGCCGAGUUACAAGGCCUGACAGUAGUCCAAGGUGGUGUUAGAGGUGCUUUGAGAGAAAAAGAGACAAUCUCAUUGCUUAAGAAAAACUGGAGAGUAGAGGAAAGGAGGUUAUCCGAUGGCUUUAUAAGGUCGCAGGGCAUGAUGUUAAGAGUGCUGAUGACCACUAUCUACUCUAUCAUCGAUAUCAGAGAUCCUACAAUCCAAUUCCCUAUACGACGGUUUCAGCUAGAGUACAUGAUUGGCAGAGAAAGAUACCUUACUAGACCGGAAGGUGCAGUCAGUGUCAACUCGCCGGAAUUGCCGAUUAUCUCUUACACUGGUUGGUUUGAAGGGCAAACCUGGAGACAGUUCCUAGAGGAAACUCUCAGUGUGAUGAUAGGGCAGCUCGUCGGAAAUAUCAAGAUUCAAGAUAAGUCUUCGUGGGUGCAUUCGAAAGGCUGUCAUUCGGAUGAGAUUUUCCAAUUGAAUUUCACGCGAGGUUACGAUCUGUGUUUGAAGGAAGACUGGCUUGAAGCUACACGUGCUUUGGCAAGAUUAUUCAGAUACCUCUUGAGUGGGAAUGCAAAGGUCGGCGCAGUGCAGGCAUAUUCGCAACCGGGGGCUGAUGCCGACAAGGACGUCUAG